AUGGCUACUGCCAUUCCUUUACGUGCAUUGAAUAAUGUUAAAUACGCCAAGAACGAAUCGGCAUUAUCGGCCAAGACCAAACUGAUUGAUACUCGAGAUCAUUCCACUGCCGAUGAUUACUCAUCCUUGACCGAUGAUGAAUAUACGGACGAUGGUUUUGCAGCUUAUAGUAACCGACAAGCUCAUCGUAGAAGAAGAAAUUCACGACUAGCCAAUCUAUUCUCGCCAUCUUGUCUGACAGACUCUUUCACAAGAUGCUGUACAAAGAUACGUAAUAUUUGUAAAGAAGAAAAAGAAUAUCAUUCACGAAAUAUACAGAUCGGCCAAGUGAUUCAAGCGGAUUAUCCUCCAAAUAUCACUCGAAAUCAAAAAUAUUCCGUAUUUACUUUCCUUCCUUGUGUAUUAUAUGAACAAUUCAGAUUCUUCCUCAAUUUUUAUUUCUUGAUGGUAGCACUAUCACAAUUUAUUCCAGAUUUAAAAAUUGGCUAUUUGUAUACUUAUUGGGGACCAUUGACCUUUGUAUUAUUUGUUACAAUGUGCCGUGAAGCUUUCGAUGACUUUAAAAGAUAUCGAAGAGAUCGUGAAAUCAAUAAUCAAUCAUAUAAGAAACUAACAAGAAGAGGGACUCAACCCGUUAUGUGCAGUGAAAUCGUUGUUGGCGACAUUAUCAUGAUUGAUAAAAAUCAACGAGUACCCGCUGAUAUGGUUUUAUUGCAGACAACCGAAAAAGGAGGUGCAUGCUUUAUACGUACUGAUCAACUCGAUGGGGAAACAGAUUGGAAAUUAAGAUUAGCCGUGGGAACAUGUCAACAACUUCGCUCGAAUAGGGAAUUAUUUUCAAUAAACGCCUCGAUUUAUGCAGAAAAACCUCGAAUGGAUAUCUAUGACUUUGUAGGAACUUUUAAUGAGAGUGAUAACGAAAUUCAAGAGCCUCUAAGUAUCGAAAAUACAAUAUGGGCCAAUACAGUUGUUGCAUCAGGUCCUAUUGUAGGGAUUGUCAUUUACACAGGACUUGAAACUAGAAGUUCAAUGAAUGCAUCUAGUCCCCCAACAAAGAUUGGAUUAAUCGAUAUCGAAAUUAAUCAACUAACCAAAGUACUAUUUAUGGCUACUAUUAGUUUAGCACUUUUGCUCGUAAGCUUGAAGGGCUUUCAAGGACCAUGGUAUCGUUACUUUUUUAGAUUUAUUUUACUAUUUUCUUCAAUCAUCCCUAUAAGCCUAAGAGUAAAUUUGGACAUGGGCAAAAUUGUCUAUUCUUGGAUGAUCAAUUCUGAUAAAGAGAUUCCUGGAACAGUCGUUCGCAGUAGUACAAUUCCUGAAGAGCUUGGUAGAGUAGGUUACAUCCUAUCCGACAAAACGGGAACACUAACACAAAAUGAGAUGGUUUUUAAACGCCUACACACAGGCAAUGUAUCAUUUGGUAUAGAGAGCAUGGAAGAGAUGAGAAAUCAGCCGUUAGAACAAGCUCAUGAAGCGAUCUUAGCGAUCGCUCUAUGUCACAACGUUACACCUGUAAUCGCUAAAAGUUUCGAUAACGUUGUCGACGAUGACAGCAUUUCUAGUGAUGACGUCGAUAUUGAAGUUUCUCUUAGCGCUGACGACAACAGAAUCGAUUAUCAAGCGUCAAGUCCAGAUGAGAUUGCUCUUGUCAAAUGGACAGAAUCAGUAGGGAUUACGCUAGUGAAACGAGAUCUUUCUACAAUAUGCUUGAGACUGCCUAAUGGACAAAUUUUGAGAUACAGUAUACUGCAAUUGUUUCCCUUCACAUCGGAGAGAAAACGAAUGGGAAUAAUUCUGAAAGAUCACACCAGUAAUGAAAUCUUUUUCCUGAUGAAAGGUGCUGAUGCUGUUAUGUCAAAUAUAGUGCAAUACAAUGAUUGGUUAGAAGAGGAAUGUGGCAACAUGGCAAGAGAAGGACUUCGAACGCUAGUUGUAGCGAAAAGAAUUCUUACACAAGAAUUAUAUAAUGAUUUUGAUGCACGCUAUUCUCAAGCAAAGUUAAGCGUUAAUGAAAGAGCGGCGAAAGUGAGCGCUGUUAUCGAGAGACUAGAAAAAGAUAUGAAACUAUUAUGCUUGACUGGUGUAGAAGAUACAUUGCAAGUUGAUGUUCGACCGACUUUAGAGUUGGUAAGGAAUGCUGGCAUUAAAGUAUGGAUGUUAACAGGUGAUAAGAUGGAAACUGCAGCAUGUAUUGGUGUAAGCGCACGAUUAAUAUCUAGAAAUCAAGCAAUUCAUACUUUUAAGCAAGUUAAUAAUCGGCCUGAAGUAAGAAUAGAACUGAAUACCUUUAGAAGGAAAAAUGAUUGUGCAUUAAUUAUACGCGGUGAUACGCUAGAUGUUUGCUUGCGAUAUUUUGAGCAUGAAUUUAUGGAAGUAGCUUGUCAAUGUUCAGCGGUAAUUUGCUGUCGAUGUUCACCAACUCAAAAAGCAAAUAUUGUACGACUGAUUAAGAAACAUACGCAACAACAAACAUGCGCUAUUGGAGACGGAGGAAAUGAUGUCAGUAUGAUACAAGUGGCGGAUGUUGGUAUUGGGAUUGUUGGAAAAGAAGGUAAGCAAGCAUCGCUAGCGUCGGAUUUUUCUAUAACGCAAUUUAAAUAUAUAGGGCGGUUAUUGCUAUGGCAUGGUAGAAAUAGUUAUAAACGAACAGCAUCAUUAAGCCAAUUUGUUAUCCAUCGAGGUCUAAUAAUAUCUGUCAUGCAAGCUGUCUUCUCGUCUAUAUUCUAUUUCUCAUCGGUUGCGCUUUAUCAAGGCUUUCUCAUGGUUGGCUAUGCAACAAUAUAUACCAUGGCUCCAGUAUUUUCUUUAGUUUUAGAUGUUGAUGUUUCUGCUGAAAUUGCAAUGACUUAUCCGGAAUUAUAUAAAGACCUAUCUAAAGGACGUUCUUUAUCUUAUAAAACUUUUUUUAUAUGGAUCUUGAUUAGUAUUUACCAAGGUGGAACAAUUAUGUGCGGUGCAUUAUUACUAUUUGAGUCUGAAUUUGCUCAUAUAGUAUCAAUCUCUUUCACUGCACUUAUAUUGACCGAGUUGCUCAUGGUCGCUUUGACAAUACGUACCUGGCAUUGGGUAGUGAUAGUAUCGGAAAUAUUUAGCUUGGCUUUAUACUUUUGUUCUAUGUUGUUAUUACGCAAUUACUUUGAUCUGAACUUUAUAACAUCCUUCAAUUUUUUGUGGAAAGUAGUUGUAUUAACAAUUAUUAGCUGUGUGCCAUUGUAUAUAUUAAAAUUUUUACGAAGGAGGUUUGCACCACCGAGUUAUGCUAAGUUAACCUAA